AUGGUCAAGUCAUCACAUCUUGCUCUGAGCGCGGCGCUCGCUGUUGCUGCGAUUGCUACUGACGUCUCUGUCCCCAAUCAUCUUCCUACCCGACAGCUCCUGCAAGAUGCCUAUGCCUACUCUCUAGAACCAGUCUGGACUCAGGACUACAUUUCAUCCAACUUGACACGCAACCUCAUGAACGUCAUUGCCGACAUCACCGGAAAGCCACCGACAUUUCGUGUAGGAGGCAACACUGGUGACCAAACGUACUACCACCCUGAGCUGAACAUCUCUGCCGUGGCGCUGCCAAACACGACCGUCACAAACACGUUCAACAUCAGCAAUGCCUGGUUUGAGCAAUGGGGCAGCUACUUCCCGCAAGGAACAGACUUUCUCUACACGUUGAACCUGAAGGACAACUCCAGCGCUUGGGCGAAUGCUGUCCAGGAAGCUGCCGCCGCAUACAGUGUGCUCGGUGACAAGCUCAAGCUGUUUGAACUCGGCAACGAGAUUGACCACUUCAUCAACAAGGGCUGGCGACCUUCAACCUGGGAUGUUGCCAUGUACAUUCAACAGUGGCGCAACAUCUCUGAUCAGAUUGUCCACUCUUCAUGGUACGAAGCCGCAGACCAACCGCCCAAGUUCCAAGCCGCCGUCUUCGCCGACCCUCCGUGGGUGCCCGAUCAACAAGACGAGAUUGACGACUUCGACAUCAUCAACCUUACGCGUGCUGGCUUGACUGAGCAUGACAAGGUUGGAUCAUAUGCUGUACAUCUAUACCCUCAGUCCACCUGCGACACGACACGCUGGUAUCGCUUGAGUCUUGAUCUGUUGUCAAACCACAGUGUUCUCUGGCGCAACGUCUCUCAGUACGUUCCGCAAGUCGUCGCAGCCGACAAAGCAGGUAUUCCACUCGUCUUUGGCGAGACCAACUCAGCCUCAUGCUCUGGCCGCAGUGGCAUCAGCGACACCUUCGGCGCCGCUCUCUGGAAUGUCGACUACGUCUUGCUGGCUGCCAGCAUUGGCAUGCCCAAGGUCUACUUCCACCUGGGUGCCAACGCCGAGUACUCAAGUUUCGUCCCUUUGCCCUAUCAACACAAGAACGAAAGUCUCUCAGCAGGAAUCAGGAGUCUCUUCUAUGGCCACUACUUCACAGCCCACGUCCUCGCUGCCGACACUCAACAGCGCAUCGCCCAGAUCCCCUCAGCGAACACCUCCGACUUCAGUGGUUAUGCCAUCUACUCGUCCGGUCAUCACCAUCGUCAUAGCGAGGAUCUCAACAAACUCGUCUUUAUCGAUCUACAAGUCUGGAACGGCACACAGGGUCUUUCCAACCCAUCCACCCUCAGCACCACUGACUCGACUUCCCACUCCGCGGGCCAACGUCCCGUCCGCGAAGUUUCCAUCAGCACGUCCUGGAAACAAGGCACUUGUCUCGCCAUCACACGUCUGCAAGCUCCAGGCACGAAUGCAAAGAGUGAAAUCAGUGUUUCUGGUGUCAGCUUCGAAUCACAGACGGGAAAGCAGGUCGGCGAGAUACAAAAAGAGCAAGUUGUGGUCGGCAAAAAUGGACAAGUUUGCUUUGUAAUGCAGGCUGCUGAGGCUGUGUUGAUAGAAAGGAAAUAGGUGACUACACAGUAAUAGCAGAUCUAUCGAUGUCCAGGCCUUGUUCGCCUUGGUCCUCUCUCUUGGUCGUGUGGUCUUGUCUCACCUCGGCCGAGUUUUAUGAGUCGUGAUUUGCUCAAUGACCAUGAAUCGAUUUUCUCAAAGCCUUCUUUUUUGACUUGCGAGGGUUUUGUCGCAAGCGAUCUUUUUCGGACUGAGACUUUUGAAAAGGUUGAUAGAUGAAACGAUGAUAUUCGCUUGUGGGAAUGUCAUAAUAUAUUUG